AUGGUAUAUUUAUGGACCUUCAUAAAUGACCAUCAACUUCUUCGACGAUGGCUUGGUGCAUUUUCUCAAUUAGUAAUCGUUAUUUUCUUAUGUAUUAGCCAACAACCGUUAUCUGGUAUUGAUCUUGUUGCUAUGAUUAUUAAUAUCAUACAUCUAUGCUUCGAAUUUUUCGUCGCUUACCGUUUAACUGUAACAAUUGAUAUAGAGAACUUUGUAGAAGAAACUCAACUAAAUCCACGGCCUACACUACAACUACAACCAUCAUCAAAUCCUCGAUCACACUCACCAUCAUUAUGCCAUUCUAUCCCUGAAUAA